AUGAGGAACCUGGUGGUCUUCGCGUUGACAUGCGUGUCGCUGGUAUGCGCACAGUACGCGGUAUCUGACAAAGGGUUCUUGAUAAAGCAGAAGAACGUCUACGAGCUCUUCUGGCACGUCGACCAGCCUACCGUCUACCACCCUGAACUCUACCAAAAAGCCCGUUCCUACAGCAUCGAGGACAACGUUGACUCCUACACCAACAAGGCCGCAGUAAACGAGUUCGUCAGCCGCUGGAAAUAUGGCAUGCUUCCACGUGGGGAGGUUUUCUCCGUCCUGUAUCCAGCACACUAUGAAGAAGCCAUGGCCCUUUUCCGGGUGUUCUACUACGCCAAGGACUUUGACACCUUCUACAACACCGCAGUCUGGGCAAGAUUCAACGUAAACGAGGGCAUGUACGUUUACGUUCUGUCGAUUGCCGUACUCCACCGACCAGACACCAAAUACGUCCGCAUACCACCAAUGUACGAAGUCAUGCCCAACUUCUUCUACAACACGGAAGUGAUCCAGAAGGGACACCACAUUGGCAUGGGAGAGACAACCGCGAAAAAAAGCGCUGGUGGCGUCGACCUGUACGUUGUACACGCCAAUUACAGCGGAUGGUACCUGAACCAUCAAGAGGACCACGAGCAUCAGAUCAACUAUUACACCGAAGACAUUGGCCUGAACUACUACUACUUCCUGUCCACCCACGAAUUCCCCUUCUGGAUGAACUCUGCCGAAUACAACUUCCCCAAGGGAGUCCGUGGUGAAUCUUACUAUUUCAACCACAAACAACUGCUCCUCCGUUACUACUUCGAACGUCUUUCCAACAACAUGGGAGAGAUCGAGCACCUAGACUGGCACAAACCCAUUGUCACUGGAUACUACCCAACCCUGACCUACCACAAUGGUCUUCCCUUCCCCGAACGUCACUCAGGAGCUGAAAUUCCCCUGGAGAAAUACGAACACGUUAAGGACGUUAUGGAUUACGAAACACGCAUCAGCGCCGCCAUUGACAUUGGAUACGUUUUCGACGAGAACCACAAGCCCGUUGACAUCUACACCCCCGAGGGUUUCGACAUCCUCGGUAACAUAAUCGAAGGAAACGCUGACUCCUACAACUACAAAUUCUACGGAUCUCUGGACCAACUCUGCAGAAAGAUCCUCGGCUUCAGCUUGGAGCCUACGACGAAGUACCAGACCGCUCCCAGUGCCCUUGAAAUUUUCAGCACCAGCUGCAGAGACCCUGCCUUCUACAGAUUAUACAAGAAAAUCGUCACCUACUUUAUGCGAUACAAGGCGCAUCUUCCCGCCUACACUCACGACGAGUUGGCCUUCCCUGGCGUUAAAGUAGAAUCCGUGGCAGUAGAUAAGCUCAUGACCUUCUUCGACUACUUCGAGUCCAUGAUCAGCAAUGCCGUAGGCGUGCACAACUACAAGGAUGCUCAGAACACCAUCAUCAAGGCUCGUCAGUACCGCCUGAACCACAAACCGUUCACCUACCACAUCACCGUGAACAGCGACAAGAACACCAAGGCAACCGUCCGCGUCUUCCUUGGACCCAAAUAUGACCUUCAUCAUUACGAACAUGACAUCAGCGAGAACUACAUGAACUUCAUGGAAGUCGACAAAUGGGUCGUUGAACUCAAGGCCGGCAUCAACAAGAUCGAGCGCAGCAGUCACGAGUCGAUCUACGUUGUUCCCGACGAGGUUGCCAGCGACAUCUUCUACAAGAAGACCCUAAAAGCCAUCGAAGGCAGCGAGGCCUUCCCCUACAAGUCUCCCCGUUACGGAUACCCUGACCGUUUGAUGCUCCCUAAGGGCAAGAAAGAGGGUAUGCCAUUCAAGCUAUUCGUCUUCGUCAGCCAGUUCGACGACACGCAUUCUCAGAAGAUCGACUCCGUGAUCUGGGGCAACGUAGUUCUGGAUGGCAAAUCCAUGGGCUACCCAUUGGACAGGCCGGUGCAUGCUUACAACUUUAGCGUACCGAACAUGUAUUUCAAAGACGUUGUCAUCUACCACAAAGAUGUAGAAGAGCUGAACCUCACCGUCUGA